UGCAGGCGGCCGCCUCCCUAAGCGCUCCCGGCGGGAGGGCCCGAGAGAGAGACCAGACCGCACAGCACGCUGGGAAGGCGGCUGGCUGCGGCGGCUCGGUUUCUCCCGCCGAGGGGAGAGGGCUGCCGCACCGGUAGUGAGGUCAUAAUGGACAGACGGAAGGAAGCGGCGAAUCGGCUGCAUCCGUUGUUCUUGGCUCCGAGAGCGGUCCCCGCGCGCCCGCUGCGGCGGCUCGAGGCGGGAGGGAGUCAGGGCUCGCCGGUGGUCGGGCUCGCGACGCGCGUGCAGGCGGGAAGCCGCUGCCGUAGCGGCCUCACCCGGGGGCGAGGCGGGCAGGCGCCGCGGGGCCGAGCCGCGAACAUGGCGGAGGCCGCGGCCUCGGAGCCGCUAGGCCGGAGCCGGCAGGAGGCGGCCUGGGUGGAGACGCUGCGCGGGGACUGCGAGCCCGAGCACCACUGGCGGCACCGCCGCGAGUUCCUGCUGCGCAACGCGGGGGGCUCGCCGGCCGGGGACAGCGGGGCCCUGCAGCGCCUCGUCUCUCUCUCCAUGGUGUGGGCCAACCACGUCUUCCUCGGCUGCCGGUACCCGCUGUCAGUGAUGGAAAAGGUGCUGGAAAUGGCUGAAGGCAUCAAAGUGACCGAUGCGCCCGCCCACACUCCGAGAGAUGAACUGGUUGCCAAGAAGGGGUAGAGGAACCUUGCAAGAAACGAGCUGUUGACAAAAGCAGGGAUUCUAAGGAUGUUGGAAAUGAUGCUAAGUUGACAAAGACAGAAGUUUCCAAGGAGACAGAGAGCAUGUUGCCAAAGAAAGAGGAAAAAGAUGUG